ACGAUCAAUCGGUUUUCAUCGUGUCCUGUUUUGAUCGAAUUCUUUUAUUUGUAUUCUCCGAUCACCCGUCAAAAUGAAUCGACUUUUACCUAGCAUGGUCGGCAUCAUAGUUCUUUUGCUGAUUCAAUUCGUGAAUGCUGCCCCAUCUAAUAAUUGCAUCGGUGAAUGCAAGCAUGGUUACAAGGAACCUAAGCAGGACUGGGGGUACGUUGGUGUCCGACCCAAUGCAAACAUGUUCUGGUGGCUCUACUAUUCUACCCAACAACCUUUCAACUCUGACAUACCAUUGGUUCUCUGGCUACAGGGAGGCCCUGGAGGAUCGUCUACAGGAUUUGGUAAUUUCCAGGAGAUAGGACCCCUUGAUGUCAACCAGAACCCUCGAAACACUACAUGGGUUUCUGUCGCUAAUGUACUUUUCAUUGACAAUCCGGUUGGAACCGGUUAUAGUUAUGUCACAGACUCCUCGGCUUAUACAACAAACGUCAGCCAGAUUGCUGAUGAUCUCGUCACCUGCAUCACAGCUUUCUUCAACAAACUCCCUCAAUUUCAGACAACCCCUUUCUAUAUAUUUUCUGAGUCCUAUGGUGGGAAGAUGACAGCCGCCUUCAGUCAAAAGCUUCUUCAGGCCAUUGAUGCAGGCAAAGUGAAAAGUGAUUUCAAAGGUUUCGCAAUGGGAGAUUCCUGGAUCUCGCCUGUAGACUAUGUGAUGACUUGGGGACCGUACCUGAGGGCUACUUCUUUGUUAGAUACUGUUGGCUUUGGAGCUGUUCAGAAUGUAGCUGAGAAGACAAAAGAAGCAUUUGACCAAGGCAACUACAGUCAAGCUACUGACCUCUGGGGUGAAGCAGAAUCAGUCAUCGAAGAGUACUCCGAUGAUGUGAAUUUCUAUAACAUCUUGGAACACAAUGUUCCUGACCAAGCUGUAAAGAGUGGCUCUCCUCUUGAGCGAUUGAGACAUCGUCACUUGGAUGUGUAUGCAAAUGAUGCCUUGAGCGAGCUCAUGAAUGGGUCAAUCAAGAAGAAGCUUGGUAUUCCUGAUAGCGUCGUUUGGGGAGGCCAGUCAGGGGAGGUUUUCACUCAACAGAGUGAGGAUUUCAUGAAACCUGUCAUCAGUAUUGUUGAUGAUCUCAUCACAAACUCUAAUCUACGGGUGAUCGUCUACAACGGGCAGUUAGACCUCAUCUGUGACACACCAGGAACCGAGUUGUGGGUUCAGAAAUUAACCUGGCCAGGACUCGCCGCUUUCAACACGACGAGAUGGACACCGGAGUAUGUCCCGUCUAAAGAAGGAGACACAGCGUAUUUCUUCAAGAGUCAUGAAAAUUUUGCUUUCUUCUGGAUAAUGAAGGCUGGACACAUGGUUCCAGCUGAUGCAGGUGAAGCAGCCCUCAUGAUGUUAAAGGCUGUCAUCACGGAGUAAGGUCUUGAAAUCAGCUCCUAAGAAAUUCUGUUACAACUAUUGGAAAGUAAGAUUUGGGUUUGUUUGCUGAUUAUUACAGUAACUUUACCAUCCAAUGGUAAUCUCCAUGGAAUCCUUGAUUUUGAUUGGCUAUUUUUAUAAGCAAAGUUACGAUAAUUACUGUAGUAACUUAACCUAUAAGAAAAGCCAAUCAAAAUCAAGGAUACCAUAUAAUAAUAACUGUUAUGCAAUAUGCCCAGGGGCCUGUUGCAGAAAGAGUUGCAAUCAAUCGCAACUCUAGAAAUAAUGAGCAACUUGAUUUUCAACCAAUCA